AUGGCCGAGAUGGGGAUGCAAAACAAUGGGAUGGAGGACGACUUUAUUCCUGUCAGGCACAGAAGGGGCCGCCGGGCGAAGGUGCCACAGGCUGGGCAGUCCGCAGCUGAGGGACAGAAGGGAGAAGCCGGACACACGGACAAGGAAGAGGCACAGUUGGUGGAGAGGCCAGUCUUCCCGCUCUCUGGUGAUCAGCUCCUUACUGGGAAAGAAGAAAGGAGAAGAAUCCCCGUCCCAGCUAACAGAUACACACCACUGAAAGAAAACUGGAUGAAGAUAUUUACUCCGAUUGUAGAACAUCUGGGACUUCAGAUAAGCUUUAACCUGGAAUCAAGUAAUGUAGAAAUCAGGACUUGUAAAGACACCAAGGAUGUCCUCGCCCUGACAAAAGCCACAGACUUUGUGAAAGCCUUUGUCCUUGGCUUUCAGGUGGAGGAUGCACUUGCCCUCAUUCGGGUAGAUGCCCUCUUCCUAGAGUCUUUUGAAAUAACUGACGUUAAGCCCCUGAAAGGAGACCACCUGUCAAGGGCCAUAGGAAGAAUUGCUGGCAAAGGAGGAAAAACCAAAUUUACCAUAGAGAAUAGAACAGGGACGCGGAUUGUUUUGGCAGAUGUGAAAGUUCACAUUCUUGGCUCUUUCCAAAACAUCAAGAAGGCAAGAAGAGCCAUUUGUAACCUCAUCCUGGGAAGUCCUCCAUCAAAGGUGUAUGGCAAGAUCCGAGCUGUGGCCAGCAGAUCAGCAGAUGGGUUCUGAUUUUCCAGGGCCCCUUGGGAUGCUCACAGACAACCAUGGGAAGAAUUUCCCA